GUCCCUAGAGAGCUCUGAUACCAUGAUGGAAAGUUCAACGCCUAGUACAAAGUUAUUAUGUGCGAACAACCCAAAUGCAGUUGUACCCUGCAGAAGCAUUGGCACAUUAGCAUGUAAAAAUUGUCUCUUAGUCCCUUAUUGCAGCAAGGAUUGUCAAGCUGCCCACUGGCCUAUUCAUCGCAAGGAUUGCAGAUCAAUGAAUAGUUGGCAACCUUCGUGGGUAAAAGAAGGCCGAAUACCCACCUUCCUAAGCAGCAUUCCUAAACACGUACCUUACGGGCCAAAUAAAUACCCUUGGGGUAACGUCCCAGCAUUUGAUGUAAUUCAACUGAAACACAAUGAAGGGGUCGAUUUUCAGAAUCCGUUGAAUCUCCUUUUUCCAGCUUCGGGGGAUAUGAGAAAUGUUAUUCUCUCUAUUGCCAAUCUCCAUUCUUAUAAUGGACCUCUCGGUAUAGUAUUGAACGAUAAGGAAAUGGAUAUAGUAGCUCGGAAUGCUAUAUUUCUAUUGACCUUUUUCGUUGAGGAUAACCCAAUCAUCGCUGCAGAAUAUGUUCUUCACCUUUGGUAUUCGGCUUUGAUCACAGGACCUUGUCAAAGCUUCCUACGGGACAGGAUCCGACCAAUGAUAAAGAAUAUAUGCGACAAAAUCAUAGAUAAGCCUGGCUCCUUGCUUUUAGCCAAGACAUGGUCAUUCGGGAAUAAUUCUUCUCUUCGACUAGUAUUAUCCCGGGAUAAAUGGUUCUCUUUCCUAUCAUACUUUGACGUUCCCCAGGGGCUAACCGAAGACACCGCCCAGCGGGUUCGACGAGCAGUUAUGUUAGCUCCCGAGAGAGUUGACUAUGUUGAUCGUGUUAUGUGUCUGAAGACUCCGGCUGGAAGGCUCUGCAUGUCCAAGUUUCGUGUUGACGGCAUUUUGUUACCUUUCAGUCAAACUCGUGAGGAGUUUAGAGUACCAAACCCAACCUUGUUCCAUUCGACAUAUUCAUGGGAGAUGAUGGAUAAUUCCGAUCCUACAUCCGGUUGGUCGCUCAAAUCAUUCCUCGAGGUCAACAUUGGACCAACGAAGAACGACACAUAUGGCAAGCUCUAUCAUUACCUCAGGAAGCUAUUUGUAGAGUUCCAUCACCGACUACGGGCUUUUCCAAUAAAGUUUGAUCUUUUCCAAGGUGAUGCAAGAUCUCUACAACUAGAUGCGAAGAAAUUUGACCGCAUCGAUGUGGGAAAUAUCACGGAUAUGUAUUAUCUUGGCAUUGGUGAAACCUUGGAGAAGUUUGGUCCAUUGCUUCAGCCUACAACGAUCAAUCGACAUGCGACUCUCAUUACGUUAUUCUUAAACGCCAUCCGAGAGAUUAAUAUGAUGAAAAAAGCAGGAAAAUUUCCGCAGGAUAACAAGGAGGACCACAGAGAGAAAGUUUUUCAAUAUAUGCCUGAACUUACCUCACAGCUAACUACGAUUGGAAUGGUUAAAACGAUGAUGGCAAUGAAUAUAGUUCAAGACAUGGACGGGAACUUCGAUAGGUACACGAUGCUACACGCAUUUGACUCUGCAGCGCUUAGUUCUGGGCUACGGAUGAAAGAUCCGCAUACGAUAAUCGAGAGAUGGCCGAUGCGAGUCAGUCAGGAACUAACAGAACAGGCAAAAGAAUAUUUUGCCCUCUUACUCUCUUCUAGCCAUAAUGGACAAGAACGUUAUGUUGAGUGGAGUCGUACAGCGGGAUGA